AUGGCUAGAUCAAAACCAUUUAGUGGAAAACAAAAAAAAGAUCAAUUAAAAGAGAAAAAAGAAAGAAAAAGAAUUGAAAAUGCAUUAUUAGAUGAUAAUAUUGAUAUUUCAUUACAAGAGAAGAGAAAAUUAGCAAAACAAUUAUUAAAUAAUAAUAAAGUUGUACAUAACAAUGAUUCAAUAGUUGGUAGUAAAAUCAUAUUUAGUAAUAAUCAAAUUAAACGUGUUCAUACCCAUCAAAAAACUAAAGAAAAUAAGGAUAAGGAUGAAAGCAAUGAUGAAGAUGAACAAGAAGAUGAUGAUGAGGAUGAGGAAGAAGAAGACAGUGAUAAUACACAAGAAGAAGAAGAAGAAGAAUAUGAUGAUGAUGAUGAAGAAAAAGAAGAUGAAGAUGAUGAAAUUGGGAAAUCAAUUAAACAUAUUAAUGAAAUUAAUAAACAAAUGAAAUCAUUCGAUCUUGGUAGUAAACAAAUUACAAAUGGUGGUAGAAGAAUUAAUAAAUUAGUUACAAUCUUUGAAAAAGAGAGUAGAGAAGAGAUUGAAAAGAGAAAAGAGCAAAGUAAGAAACCAUUGAAUACGAUACUACGUGAUGAGCCAUGGCUAAUAAUGAGGGAAUAUGAUAGAAUCAAUCAAGGUACGUCGGUGUCUGGUGGCAACUAUAUUGAUAUACCAAAGAGACCACAUUGGAGCUACAAUAUGUCUGGCGACAGGUUGAAAGAAGAGGAAAGAAUUAUGUUCUCACGUUGGUUGGAGAAUAUCGUUAUAAAAUACGACAAAAGUAGAUUAAACUACUUUGAACAUAAUUUAGAGGUUUGGAGACAGCUUUGGAGGGUUUCAGAGAGAUCAGAUGUAAUUCUACUAGUAACCGAUGCCAGAUACCCUUUAUUCCAUUUCCCACCAUCUCUCUAUAACUACAUCAAUGUAGAUCUCAAGAAACCAAUGAUCUUAAUCUUAAACAAGAUUGAUUUAGUUGACAAGAGAAUCAUCGAUGCUUGGAUUCAAUAUUUCAAUACAAACUAUCCACACUUAAAAGUCAUAUGUUUCAGUUCAUUCUCUUCCCUAACUUCACAAGGUCAUACCAACGAUAGUGGUGACAGUGGUGGCAUCGAAUUGGAUGCAACCAUUAAAAGAAAAUUAAAAAAAGGUAGAAAACGUUAUGAUUUAUCUUUAGGUAAAAAAAAUUUAAUUAAUGCUGUUUUAUCAUUACCAAUUCAAAAAUUAAAUUUAAUUUCAAAAGAUGAAAUUAAUAAUAAUAAUAAUAAUAAUAAUAAUAAUAAUAAUAAUAAUAAUAAUAAUAAUAAUAAUAAUAAUAAUAAUAAUAAUAAUAAUGAUCAUUCUGAUGAAGGUAGUGAUGAAGAUAGUGAUGAGGAUGAUGAUGAUGAGGAUGGUGAAGAAGAAAAAGAAGAAGAAGAAGAAGAAAAUAAUCAAAAUAAUAAUGAUAAUGAUAAAAUUAUAAUUGGUAUGGUUGGUCAUCCAAAUGUUGGUAAAUCGUCAUUAAUUAAUGGUAUGAUGGGUAAGAAAGUUGUUAGUACGAGUAGAACACCAGGUCAUACUAAACAUUUUCAAACUAUUGUUUUCACAAAGAAUAUUCAGUUAUUGGAUUGUCCAGGUUUGGUAUUUCCUGCAUUGGAUAGACCAAAACAAUUACAAAUAUUGUGUGGUCUAUUCCCAAUUGCUCAAGUUCGUGAACCAUUCUCUGCGAUUCAAUAUUUGGCUGAACGUGUUCCAAUUGAACAAAUUUAUAAAUUAUCAAAGCCACCAGAUGAGGAGAACCAACCUUGGAGUUCUUAUUCAAUUUGUGAAGCAUUUGCUUUGAAAAGAGGUUAUGUUUAUGCAAAAUCUGGUAGACCUGAUCCACAUCGUGCUGGUUUAGAAAUCUUAAAGGAUUGUGUUGAUGGUAAUAUUGUAAUCUCUUGGCCACCUCCUGGUUUCACAAAAGAACAAUAUAUCACUAGUGGUUUAUCUAAUCUUUAUUCAAAUAUUAAUGAAAAUAAAGACUCAAUAAAUAAUCAAAUUGAUAAUUCAAAUAAAAAAACAAAUUCAACAACAGCAACAGCAACAACAACAACAACAUCUUCAACCACCUCUGCAGCAACAAAAAAGUUUAAUAAGAAAUUAAAGAAAAAGAAUAAUCUUAAAAAAUUAGCAUAUAGUGAAGAUGAAGAUGAAGAUGAAGAUAGUGAUAAUAAUAAUAAAAAAGAUGAAAGUACUGAUGAAUAUGAAAGUGAUGAAGAAGUUAUAGUUCGACCAAUAAAAUCAAAACAAUCAAACUCUGUAUUUUUAAAUCUUGAUAGUGAUACCGAAGAAGAAGAAGAUAAUGAUAAUAGUGAUAAUGAAGAUGAUCAUGAAAAAUCAAAAUCAAAAUCAAAAACUUAUAAAAUCAAUAAAAAUACUUCAAAAAAAGCAUCAUCCACUGAAAUUGCAAAUAAAAAUAAAAAUAAUACAAAGAAAACAAAGAAAUUAUCUUCAAAAGAAAUUGAAUAUCAAGAAAAAUUAAAAGAAAAACAAAAUAAAGGUGGAAAUAAAAGACAGGUUUUAUAA